AUGCAACAUUGCUCCAGCUUCCUCCACCUGAUCCGGCGUCUCGCCGGCGUCCGCCACCACCGCGGUCGGAACACGGCGGCGAAGCCGGCAAGCGGCGAUCCUCCUCCUCCGACGUCGUCGCUGCCCCUCGACAGGCUGUAUGGACGGACAGUGGUGGUGGACGUGGAGGCGUGGCUGCUGCGGCCGCCGGUGCACGCGUUCACCUACUUCAUGGUCGUCGCCGUCGAGGCCGGCGGGUUCCUCCGGGGCCUCCUGCUGCUGCUGCUCUACCCGCUGCUGUGCGCUUUCCUUGGAGACGGCCGCGGCGGCGCGCGGGGGAGGGCCAUGGCGACGGUGGCGCUCAUCGGGCUGGAGGAGGAGGAGGUGGCCAGGGUGGGCCGGGCGGUGCUGCCCAGGUUCUUCCUGGAGGCGGCCGCCGCCGAGGGGGUGGAGGCGGUGAGGGCGGCGCGGCGGUCGGUGGCCGUGAGCGCGACGUUCCCGAGGGUGAUGGUGGAGGCGUUCCUGCGGGAGCACGUCGGCGUGGACGCCGUCGUGGGGCCAGAGCUGAGGUCGGUCGCCGGCGUCGUCGCCGGGCUGGUGGACGAGGGGGACGCCGCGGAGGUGGCCGCCAGGAGGCUCCGGGCGCUGCUCGGCGACGAGACGGAGGAGGGCAAGCAGGGCGGCGCCGCCGCCGUGGGGCUCGUCGGAGAAGGGAGGAGCGGUGGCACGGUGCACCACCUUUUCUCACGUUACUACUGCAAGGAAACCUUCACUGCGAGUGAGGCUGACAAGCGGCGCCCGCUGCCGCCGGGCAAGUGCGGCGUCGAGCCGCUCGUCUUCCACGACGGCCGCCUCGCCUUCCCGCCGACGCCGUCCGCCGCGCUCGCCAUGUACGCUUACCUCCCCUUCGGCGUCGCGCUCGCCGUGUCGCGCGUCGUCGCGCUGUCGCUCCUCCCGUACCGCGUCACGUUCCUCGUGGGCGCGGCCACCGGCGUGCACUACCGCCUCGUCGCCGGCCCCCGCCACCACGCGCCCGACGCGGACGGCGCCGCCGUGGCUGGUGGAGGUGGAGGCGGUGGCGGUGGGAGGCUCUACGUGUGCAACCACCGCACGCUGCUCGACCCGGUCGUGGUGGCGACGGCGCUGGGGAAGCCGGUCACGGCGGUGACGUACAGCCUGAGCCGUGUGUCGGAGAUGAUCGCGCCGAUCCGCACGGCGAGGCUGACGCGAAACCGGGAGAGAGACCGGCGGGACAUGGCGGCGCUGCUCGCGCGCGGCGACCUGGUGGUGUGCCCGGAGGGGACGACGUGCCGGGAGGGGUACCUGCUCCGGUUCAGCCCGCUGUUCGCCGAGCUCGGCGCCGACGUGAACCCCGUCGCGCUCGACACCAGCGUCGACAUGUUCUACGGCACGUCGACGACGCCGGCGGCCAAGUGGAUGGACCCCUUCUACUUCAUGAUGAACCCGAAGCCGUCGUACCGGGUCGAGUUCCUGCCGCGCGCCGCGGCCGUCGCGGCGGCGGCGGAGGACGGCGACGACCGCCGCUGCAGCAGCAUCCGCGUCGCCAACCGGGUGCAGCGCCAGAUAGGCGAGGCGCUCGGAUUCGAGCUCACAGGGAUGACCAGGAAGGACAAGUACAUGAUGCUCGCCGGCAACGAAGGCGCCGUGGCGGCGGCGGCCAUCAAGGCCAAGAAAUAGGGUAGUAGAUGGCUCAUUACACGUGCUAGCUCCGGUCGUCGUCGCCGGCGAUGUAUCAGUAUCA